UAGACGAGGCUUACAGCUUACUUAAAAUAAGAUUGUGGACCAGAGGUUAUACAGACUUCAUGCCUGAAUGUAAGAUCAUGUAAGGCCGUGGUUAAAACCGGCGAUGCUGCGUUUCGUUCAGAGAACUGCGCGCCUAUCCAGACCUCUCAUCUGUCAGUCGCCGCUGAAACGCGACAUGCGUUCGCGCGGGCGUCGCGGUAUUUUUUAACGGAAGACCGAACAAAAUUAGUCCUCUGGACGUCCGGAGUCGACCGACGCACUCGUUCAUGAUCGUCGAUAAUUACCGCACCUUCUGACAUGGAUGAUUACAGCAUCGAGCUGGACCAGGAGACCGGGCAACACUGCACGUUGCGCCUGUUCACCGAUGUCACAAAUACGUCGGAGAUACGCGAGAAACUCGUCGCCGGGAAUCUUCGCUGUUGCGUGGCCAAGGCCUCGCUCAUGACUGACGCCUUGCAGGCGGUGAUAGCUGCCAAUAAAGCCGCUCUCGGCGCCAAGCGAAAUCGCCUGGUCACCAGGUCCGUCUAUACGGAGGUUUUGUUUUACCUGUCCAUGUCGAAGAACAUAUCUCGUUCCUUGGCAGAGUUCGGUAUCGGCGACAACGACAGGAACAUCCUGGUGCUGCUGAUACACGAGCCUGACGAAAGGGAGGCCUUACUGGAAAAGAUCUCGGAGAGCGUCAAGGGAGAGAGAGUAUCCAUUUCGAGGCUGCGUGAGUUCACGGACGUGGGUCUGGUGAGGAAGACUUACAAGAUCGAGGAGGACGAGCUGCGCUGCUCCAAUCUCACCGACGCCGUUGUCUCGAGAAUCAGCUGCAAGGAGUUCAUGUGAGGUGCGACGAGAACGGAGGACAACAGAGGCAGCAAACUGUGUCUACACGUGAAUUGUUGCAAGAGAAACUUUAUUUGGAAUAUGAUUUAAAUAAACAGCGGAUGUAUAAUAA